AGGCAUGUAUAAAUAAAUAAAUUAGCAUGUAUGGAUGUGAUGGCCGGGAUUUGGGCCACACAAUUCUGAUACCAUUAUCUUUGCAUUGAUUCAUAAACAAAAGGACAUUACUAUUUUGGUUUGGUUUAAGAUCUUUUAUUUUGUCAUUGUACUGAGUCAGUGCACGGGCUUAGUUAUGUGGCUUAAGAUAAAAACAUUAAAACCAGUUAAAAUUUCUCUGUUGCUAGAAUGUGAUUUAUAAAAACAUAGCUCAAAUUGUUUUCAUUUUAUAGUUAAGAUGACUUGACAUGUUUAAUACCUGGUGUGUUGUUGGAAUGGACCAGCCUAGUAACAAAGAGAUUCAAACAGGAAGUUGAUCUGUUUUAUGGGAAUUCUAAGGAAAUGAGACUGUACUAACUGUUAAGUAUUAGAGGGGACAUUGGAAAAUGUGAUAUCUUGUUCAAUGUAUAUUAAGUUUAAUAUAAUUACUUUUGCAUUGACUAAAGUUUAUCCAUGGCUCUAAAUUUAGUCAAAUGUAUUGUUAAUUUCAGUGUUUGUGUUGUUACUGUUGUGAAAUUGUGUAUUGUUUUGUCUCCCCUUUUUGUUUUCAUGGUGCUGGCCACCUCUUAUAAAUUCAGUGUAUGUUUGGUCUUUCGGGAGUUACUUGUUACUUGUUGUACCCUGAGAAAGGUGGUGCUGUAUUUUUGUCCUCUGUUAAUGGAGGCGAAAGCAUAACGAGUCCUUUUUGUGAACCAGAUCUUUCCUAUUAUCUACUAUGAAUGGAAUACAAUUUUUGCAUCUUUUUCCUCUCCGAUGAGGCUUGAUCACCUUUUAUCUUGCAUGAGCAGGAUUUAAUAAAAACUGUCACACUUGAAGACUACUUUGCUCCCUGUUUUUGUGGCAAUGGAAUCAAUAUUUUGGAUGUGAUUUGCUAAGGCAUGGCAGAUCCUUCACAACUGGUGUCAGAAGUGGGAUGCCACUAGGGGCAGUAGUUUUUUUUUUUUGCUCUGUGACUACAUAUUUGGAUUUUUUUUUUUCUCCUUCCACUCCUGCCUUAAUUCAAGGAUGGGGCCAAAGAGAGCUCUGGCGGAGCAAGUUAAGGAAGUUACUGAGGGAACCACAGGAGGACGGGACGGUGCUGAGAUGGAGAUGGGUAACUUUUCGCAAGAUGUUUCUCUCCAAGCGCUUAAAGAUCUGUUUCAGACACACAUUACUAUGCAACAAGCACGAGACAGCCGAAUGGAGCAAGAAGCAGCUCGUCAGGAAGGGCGAUGGAAGGCCUUGCACCAUCAGUUCAGCCAGCUUCAACAAGAAGUGCAUGUCCGUACUAUUCCUCCUGUACCUAAUCCAGGACUUGGCGCUAGCACUCAUGAUGACCCAGCUUUUCCUCCUAUCCGACAAACUUCUCAAGACUUUCUGCAGAGUUCUAGUAGCGGACAGCCAGCAGCAUCACCAAUUCCACAUCAGAAUGUCUACUCUGGGUUAGGACAUUCGGCUGUACAAAAGGAGCCAUCCCUGCAACAGCUGUCAGAGGUAGAUGACAUUGAGCACUACCUCACCACAUUUGAAAGAAUAGCUGUGGCAUGUCGGUGGCCGACAACCGACUGGGCAGUUCGACUAGUGCCCCUAUUGACAGGUAAAGCCAGGAGUGCCUAUGUACAUAUGGACAUUGUUGAAUCUCUCGACUACCAGAAAGUAAAAACGGCAAUACUUAACAAAUAUGACAUUAACUCUGAAAGUUAUCGUCUGCAGUUCAGGUCGUCCGAGGUGAGGAAGGAUGAAAGCCCAAAAGAGCUAUAUGUGAGAUUGAAAGAACUGUAUCACAAGUGGGUUCAACCCCAGAAUCGAACCAAGGACGACCUUGGUGAAGUGAUCGUGCUGGAACAGUUUCUGCGCAUGCUAGCCCCUGACCUGCAAAUAUGGAUUAGAGAGCGUGAUCCAAAAACUGCUUCUGAGGCUGCCGUUUUGACGGAUGUCUUUCUGUCAGCUCGACGGAAGAAUCAAGUAUGGACUUACAACCAGUGGCGGGGAUUCAAAGAACCAAAAAGUCAAGCAAAGAUGUCCCAGGUUGGGACCAAGACUGCAAGUGAGGGUAAGUCUGUGGGUGAGCGGGGUGGUCCAGUUAAUCAAAGCCCUAAUCAGAAGUUUAAUAGCAGGAAAGGUGUUGUGUGUCAUCAGUGUGGACAGGAGGGUCACAUUAAACCUAGGUGUCCCAACAAUCCUUCUUCCAAUGCUUAUUUGUGUUGUGUGCCACGACCUGUCCACCCUGAGAAGAGAGAUGUCCCCUUGCAUUUUGCGGCUGUAGUUCUAAAUGGUCAGGAAGUAAGGGCCCUUGUAGACACAGGUAGCAUGCAGUCAUUGGUUCGUACGGAUUUAGUUUCAGGUAAUCUCAGAAAUUCUGGUUCAAAGUUGCCAAUACGUUGUAUUCAUGGAGAUGAGAAAUGUUAUUCUACAGCGGAUGUUCAUGUAGAAGUGCAAGGACAGGUUUAUUUGCUGAAUGUUGGUCUUGUAAAUGAUCUUCCAUACUCGAUGCUUUUAGGCCAAGACUUACCAGUGUUGUUUGAUUUGAUGCCUGGUAGGCAUGAAUGCUAUAUGGCUGAAACACGGUCUAUGGCUAGGAAGAGAGAGGAAGAUAUCCAGUAUGUCAGUGCAUUACCUUUCUUUGAUUCUGAUUUAGAUGAUAAACCAGGAAAAUCCCGUAAGCCAAAGAGGCAAAGGAGACAGGAAAAAUUUAACUUUGUUGCCAAUAGUAUUGAAGAAGAACCACAACCUGAACAGUUUAAAUCCCACUUUGUACUCCUGCAAGAUAUAGGCCAAUUGCAACAGGAUGAUUUAGAGAUAGGGCCAUUUUACAAAGAAGCACAAGGGUACAAUAGUAGGGAAAGUCAAGAAGGCCAGGAGAGUAAGUUGCUUUUACAAGAUGGAGUGUUGUAUAAGCGGCAGGGUGCAGAGGCCAAGAUGGUUGUGCCUCAGAAGGCAAGAGAUUUGGUGCUUCAGCUAGGCCAUUCGGUCCCAUGGGCAGGUCAUUUGGGGAGACAAAAGACCAUAGCUCGUAUUAGUCGUCAUUUCUAUUGGCCCAAUUUAAGAAAAGAUGUGGGUAACUUUUGUAGGAGUUGCCCAGAGUGCCAAUAUACCACUAGUAGACGCCCCUCUAAAGUUCCUUUAGAACCAUUACCUGUUAUAGGCAUACCAUUUGAACAGCUAGGAAUGGAUGUGGUAGGGCCCCUUUAGCGUAGUAAAACCGGGAACAGGUAC